UAUGCACAGAAUCCUCCUUUUGAGGGUCACCCCAAAAGUUUACGCCCUUAUCAGGGAGCUGCCAACCUGCCAAGGGGCAUUGGACAUCCUCAAAAGACAGUACCUGCGGCCGGUGAACGUCUACGCAAGACAUCGCUUAGCGACGAGGUGGCAGCGAACAGGCGAGUCGAGCAGGGAGUUUGUCCGGGCCCUACAGACACUCGUGCGGGCCUGUGACUGCAGGGGACUGACGGCGGAGCAGCAUGCAGAGCUCCUGGUACGAGACGCCUUCAUUACAGGGAUCAGGUCAGUGUACAUGCGCCAGCGGCUGCUGGAAAAUGCCGAUCUUACCUUACGCUCGGCGAUUGAGAUGGCCGACAUGCUGGAGGCUGCUCUGCACAACGCUGACGCUGUCCAGCCACAUGAUCCCCUGUCGGUUCCGUGAAUGCUGCAGACCCCGCCACCCGCGAGCGAAUCCACCACCGCUGCUGCCACUCGCGAGUCCACAAACUCCCCGAAACCAACCACAGCUGCUGCCAGUCGCAAGUCCACACAGUGUUACUUCUGCGGACUCAAAAAGCACCCCCGAAAACGCUGCCCGGCCCGAGAAGCUACUGCUCCAGCUGUGGAAAGAAGGGCCAUUUCGCCAGGGUCUGAAGUCUGCCACUGGGACCACCCUACCGGCUUUGCUGACAUCCCCAGGGCCAGUGCUGCUCCGGAAACAUGUGAGGAGCAAUAAAUACUCCCCGCUGGUCGAGAGGGCUCACCUACUACAUGCGAACCCUCAGUAUGCCUAUGUGGUCUUACCUGAUGGGCAGGAGGACAUGGUCUCCAUCCGCGACCUGGCACCCACAGGAGCAGCAGACCACUACCCCAAACACUCCACGGUAACUAUGAACCCUGUACCCGUGGUGACACCGCGCACACCAAGCCCUACACAGACUCCUCAUGACACUUCCAUACCGGGCGCCUUGCACGUGCAUAUACCAGGCGCCUCGCACACGCAUGAGGGAUCACUGACGCCUAGUGGGCUGACACCUCCAGUCAGGCCGGAACCAGCACAACCACCGACUCCAGUGUAAUCAUCACCGGCACCGGUGCAAUCACAGCCGGAGCUACGUAGAUCGCAGCGACAGAUUCGACCACCUGAUAGACUUAACCUGUAAAUAUACUUGUGAAAAACUUCCUCCCCGGGGACUCUCUUUUAAAACAAAGGGGGGUGGUGAAUGUGGUGAACUACAUAUACCUGUCUGGACACUCCCCUGCUGACUGCUCCUGUGUCUCUUCCCACGGACCCCAGUAUAAAGGCGAUUGAGGACUGAGCCCCGGCCUCAGUCUCCAGGAUGUUGUGUGGUGGUCACUUGCUGCUUGUGC